AGGGGGCCGUGUGUUCCGGUCAUGGUAGCCGUUCCCUUUGUCCCCACCCCUCACGGUCCCAAAAAUCUUUUCCUGGAACUGGGCAUCGUUCCUGAUCUCUUGGACCCUUCCUUUUCCAAGAAAUGAGCCGGGAAAUGCCCCCAAACGAACCUCCGGAUGGGAGGCAGGUGGAGCCGGAUGCCUCCAAGGCAGAAGGAAGCCGCAAGACAGUCCAGCAAGAAGUCCAGCCAUAUGAUGAUUCCGGCUGCCUUGAGUUUGAGAAAUUUGGAGAGGGUGGAAACCGAGGAGUGCUGGGCGCUGCUCUUCCGACUUCUGGCUUGUCUAUGGUGCAGCCAGCUGCAGAGACUUCUGAAGAAUUAGCCAUGAUUGAUGAGCUGAUUAAAGAAGAUGGCUUUGAGACCAGCAUCGCGUCCCUUCAGGCCAAGGUCCCCCUGAAUGGGCCGUCCAAGCUGAUCUCCAGAUGCUCCAUCUUAGGCUCCCCCACCAGGAUGCAAAGACUGGCCGAGCCGCCGGGAAUGAGCCUCCCGCCGCUGGGCUUGGAAGCCUACGGGCCCCGCUGCCUGGCAGCUUCCCACCCGGCUCGGGAGCCUCCGGCCGCCCAGCUCACCCAGAACCUGACAAACUUGACGCUGCAACCCGAGUUGAUCCCCAGGGGGGCCCCGCUGCCUUUCCUGCCCGGCGCCCGAUGCGCCGACCCUCCGUGGCCGCCCUCCCUCCCUGCGGUGCCUUCCGUGGUGGUCCAGGAGCAGCUGGACAGCAUCGUUCUCGAAGUCCCCAAGCUGGUGAUCACGGAGCAGCCCAAACAACGAGGGAUGCGCUUUCGGUACCAGUGCGAAGGCCGGUCGGCCGGAAGCAUCUUAGGCGAAAACAGCACCGAAACCAACAAAACUCUCCCUACCAUUGAGCUCCAGAACUGCACCGGCAUCCCCGAAAUCAAGGUGACCGCCUGUUUGGUGUGGAAGGACUGGCCCUACCGCAUCCACCCCCACAGUCUGGUGGGGAAAGACUGCAGUAACGGCCUCUGUGAAGUGAUACUGAAGCCCCGGAUUAACCCUAAGCACAGUUUUAACAACCUCGGGAUCCAGUGUGUGAAGAAGAAAGAUAUAGAAGAAUCCAUAGAGAAAAAACUGCAGCUUGGAAUCGAUCCUUUCAAUGCCGGCUCAUUAAAAAACCACCAGGAGGUCGACAUGAAUGUGGUGCGGAUUUGCUUUUUGGCUUCUUACCAGGAUUGCAAAGGAAAGAUGCAUCAUCUCAGCCCGGUCCUCUCUGAACCCAUCUUUGACAAGAAAUCAACAAAUACUUCAGAACUAAAAAUCUACCGGAUGAAUAAGGAAUGCGGCAGCUGUACAGGCGGAGAAGAGUUCUAUUUAUUAUGUGACAAAGUCCAAAAAGAAGACAUCUCCAUCAUCUUCCGGAAGGAGGCAUGGGAAGGCAAAGCCGAUUUUUCCCAAGCCGACGUUCACCGGCAGAUCGCCAUCGUCUUCAAGACGCCGCCGUACCAACACCUCGACAUCACCGAGCCCGUGGAGGUGGAGGUGUACCUGCGGCGCUUGACGGACAGCGUCUCCAGCGAACCGUUCAGCUUCACUUAUCUGCCCAAGGAUGACGACACGUAUCGGGUCAACAAAAAGAGGAAACAGGGUAUGCCUGACGUCUUGGAGGAACUCUCUGGACCAGAUCCUCAUGGGAUUGAAGUCAAAAGGAAGAAAAAGAAGCCCGGGUACAUGGAUCACUUCAACUUGAUGCCUUUGACAGCUCACCGCUCGUCCAGUCCCGAAGACAGACAUUUCCUGGCCAGCUUAGAGCGCAUCAGUGUGCCGGACCUGUUCGAGGACUACAGCUUGGUCCAAGACUUGGCUUCCUACGGCGGCCCCAGCCUGAGCGACGUCCUGCUGCCGUCCCUCAUGGAUUUCCCCAGCGCUCCGGAGCAGGAGUUUUUGCUCGACGCGUAUUCCUUCCAUUCCGGCAUCUCGGCGCCUUCCUCUGGGGAGUGCGAGGCGGAGGGCACCGCCAGCCUGGUGGGGAGCAGCAUGUUUCCGAACCAGUACAAAGAAGCCGCCGCACACCUGGAAGUGGAGGCCGAGCAGACCGCCACGGGACACGGGCCAGCCUUGUGAAGGAAUGGGUGCUUUGGCCUUUGAGGAGAAAGACUGAGCCCUCCGUUCCUUUGGGGUGGGGGAAAGAAAAGCAAAGGAAGAUAUUUUCCCCCCUAUGCCCACAGAAGUGACGGGAAAGGGUACUUUGAUAUGAUCAAGGUUGCUCAGAGGGCCUUCCGUCCAGGAGAUGGGUUGAGAGAUGCAACAGCUAAAGGGUUGCACUUGGUGCUGAAUGAGGUCACUGGCCCAAGAGACCUGUGUCUCUCUUCCACAGUUUUCUCUCUCUCUAAAAUCAGGCUGGCGGUACUGACCAAUUAGUUAUGAAGGAUGUGCGCAUGGGCAGAAAUGCACCAGUGAAUGUACUGUUAAUAUUGUGGCAGAGAAGAAACCCAGUCUCCUUACCUGAUGCAUGCUCAACGGAUAUUUGCAUUUGCUGUUGAAUAUUGUAGGACUGCAGCAUCCGGGGCAGGGGGGAGGGAGAUUGGUUCCAAGCCCCCAAUGGAUGUCAACAAACAUGGAACAUUGAACGCUAUAUGUACUGUACUGUACAUUGCAUGGUCUCUGGCUCCCUCUAGUGGCCGGUUCUGGUAAAUACACCCUGGAAAUACAUAUUUCUGGGGUUUUUUAAUUUUGUAUUUUCAGGCAGCGGAUAAGUGAAUCAGUGGGUAAUGAUUCCGCAGAUAGAAGGGUUCUACUACAUUUUGACCUGCAUUGCUUAUCUAACCUAUCCCAAGCCUACAGACUCGGUGAGGACAGUUUAGAUUGGAAGAGCUGGGGGCCAAUCAUCCCCAUAUAGACUGUUCAAAACUUGGGGGAUUAUGGGAAUUGUAGUCUUAAAUUUCCAAGCUCCUGUGAUAUUUUACCUUCCUUUCAAUGAAUGUAUGAAGUCAUCCGAUAUACGAAGCUGGUUUACGCUAAUCAAAGCCUGUGAUUUAGUCUUGCACUAUUGGAAUACAGCUCUCCCAUGAGUUUAUUUAA